UCUGAGUUUUGCGGGGAUUUCCCUUUUCCUUUGCCUUGAACCUUAACAAAUUUCGUCUGCCAAGCGCUUAUUUUGAAAACUAAAACAUGUCAUAUCGAUCAAGGAAUCAUUUUCUGUUCAGAACCCAGUUCUAUGGUGCGGUUCGCUGAUUGGCCACUGUACAAUUUUGGUGCUCCCUUAAAAUUUGUGUAUAUUGUCUUUGUAACGAAUCUCAUUGAAAGAAACAAAGUAUGAAGAUAAACUCCUCCAAGAUGAAGUGGCCCAAGAACGUCAGCGAAUCCGAAGACAGUACCCGACAAGGUCAGGAAGAUUCGGAAACAAUUCCAUCCGACAAAAAAAGGAAGCUGAGCGGAGAGGCCGCGCGAAAGGUGUGGCUGGAGUGCUCGGGGAAAUCCCUUCGCGCCGAAUCGGUUCACUGUUCUGCAGUCUUUGGGAAAAGGAUGCGGCGGGAACUCUCCAUGCUGCAGCUGCAGAUAGCGAUGAUAUCUGACGGCGAUGGUGACCGACCAAUACAUGUUGCUGUAGUUAAUGAAGAUCUGGAACUAGUGCAAAAAUUGUCCUUCCUGAUGAAGAAAGCAGCAGUGUCUUUGGAUAUAAACAAUUAUUUACGUCAGACGCCCUUACAUUUGGCCGUAAUGAUUGGAAAUCCAGAAAUCGUGAACUUCCUGAUAAAUCACGGUGCCUCUGUCUGCCUUCGCGACAGAAAUGGGAAUUCCGUGAUUCACCUUGCAGUUAAAGCGAAUGCCAGUGAAGAAAUUCUUUCACUGAUCCUAUCCCAUCCACAAGCCAAAAAGAUACUAGACAUCAUGGAUCAUGAAGGUUACAGUGCUUUACAUUAUGCUGUAUUUCAGAAGAACUUUGCUGCAGUCAAAUGUCUUUCUUAUCGUGGAGCUGACAUUAAUGCCAUUGACGGUAAAAGUGGGAGGACAGCACUUAUACAUGCUGUUUUAAGUGAAAAUGCAGAAAUGGUUAAGGUACUUUUGAGUCGUGGAGCUUGUAUCCUCAAAAGUGACUAUUCUGGACAUUCAGCGUUCGAUUUGGCGUUACAGUUGUCAAGCAAACCUAUAUUGAAACUAAUGGAAGACUCAAGAAAUCUUGAAGAAGCCUCAAUGUCAAACAGCAAUAUAUUGAAUGAAUCUGUGGAAAAAACCAUAAAGAUGCAACGUAAAAAAUCUGUCGGAAAUUCAAUAGAGCAAACUCAUGAACAGUUGGAAUCUGUUCAAAACAGAAGAAAAAUAUUCUCUUUUGCGAAAUCUGUUACAUAGAAUAAAAGCCACGGUUUAUUUGUUUUAUUUAACUGUAUUUAUGUUAUUUUUGUUUGGUAUUUAUUUACAUUUUGUGUGAUCUGUGUUGUCGACAUUUUGUACUUGCGCCAUUGAGAAAGCAUUUAUGUUCUAUUUUGUGCAAUGUAUUUAUUUUAUCUCCCUCUUUUGUACAUGAAGCACAGAGUGUUUGAGAAUUGUUGGACACUUUACAAGAAUAAAUUAAUAAUAAUCUGUAAUUAUUUCGAAGUAA